AUGUCAAUCGUUGCCCAAGAUCCAGCUACUCAGGUAGCCGAGGAAGAUCAAAUCGCUAUCGACGAGAAGCAAGUUGAUGAACGGGCGUACGAUUUAGCAGGAGUGAGUGCCAACAAGCGAGUUUCCGAGUCAAGCAAUUUGGCUUACAAAAGAAAUCUGAACGCUCAGAGCCUGUCAUCAUCAAAGACCAGCAUAGCAGAUUCCAUCCUGAAUUUCCGCAUCGAAAAUGGACGGACCUAUCACGCGUACAAGGAUGGGAAAUACUCCUACCCGAACGAUGAAAGAGAAAAGAGCCGAUUGGACUUGCAACACAAUCAAUUCCUCUUGUCCCUCAAUGGCAAGCUUGGUCUCGCCCCUCCCAACGAGGAGAACUCUGAAGUCAAGCGUGUUCUUGAUGUGGGGACUGGAACUGGUAUUUGGGCCAUUGAGUUUGGAGAGCUUCACCCAGAAGCAGAGGUUCUUGGGAUAGACCUCUCCCAUCCACGGACAGAGUGCAACCUUCUCAUUGAGCUUGUAGCUGUGGAGGAGAAAGGUUUUCUGACUUCAUGCAGGGUUCCUCCGAACGUGACAUUCGAGAUUGACGACAUUGAGGAGCCUUGGCUGUACAAAGAGCCAUUCGAUUACAUCCACAGUCGAAUGAUGACAUCGAGCAUAUCCGACUGGCGACAGUUCAUCCAGAGAUCUUAUGACAACCUUACUCCUGGAGGCUAUUUGGAAGUCCAGGACAUGGAUCUGAUGCCCCAGUCCGACGACGGAACUCUGAAGCCCGACGCCGCCAUCGUGCGCUGCUUCGCCGUCCUCGGCGAAGCCGCAACUGUCUUGAACCGGUCAUUCCAGGACAUACCCGCUCUUGUCGAUGUCAUGACAGAGGUCGGUUUCGUCGACGUCCAGAUCAAGAAGAUCAAGUGGCCGACAAACACGUGGCCCAAGGACAAGUAUUACAAGACCUUGGGAUGGUGGGCGCAUGAGAAUUGCAUGUCCGGAAUCGAAGGAUGGACAAUGGCACCUUUGACUCGCGGGUUGGGCUGGAAACGGGAAGAGGUUCAGGCUUUUCUCAUCGAAUUGCGGAAGGAAUUCAGAGAUACGAGCAUUCACGCCUACUGGCCCGCCUAUGCAAUCUACGGGAAGAAGCCAGAGGCGUAG